AUGCUCCAACUCAUCGCGCCUGAUGAAAUUUUCUUUUUAAAUUUUCUUAGAGAAAAAGAAAAAAUUAUCCCUCCUAAUCAAUCGAUGUCUUCAACGCAAACAGAGACAGAAGUGCUCUUGAAAAAGAGAAAAAAUGACGAGGUAGCUCGUAUGGAAAAGGCUGAAUCUCUUCGCCAAGCAGAAGAAGAAAGACAAAUUCAGAAAAGAAAGAAACAGAAUACCUUUGUUCCCCCAGAAUAUUUAGCACUUAGGCAUUUGGCCUCCGAAAGAGAACAGCACAGAAUUGACAGAGUGCUGAAAGUGGAGAAAGAAUUGAAACAGAAGGCCAUUUCUUCUGACAAGACACAGCAAGAGCAAGAUCAAGGCAAACUGGUGUUUGUAGUGCGAGUUCAAGGUCCAAAAAGAGCACAUCUACCACAACAAGUGGACCUAAUUCUAAAACUUUUAAGAUUAACGGAAAUGAACACUGGAGUGUUUGUUCGGGAGACAUCCUCUGUUAUUCCACUAUUGAAGGUUAUCCGUGCUCAUGUAGUUAUCGGUGAACCAUCUUUAUACACAGUGCGAUCGCUGGUGCAGAAAAGAGCUAAGAUUACAAUUGAAGGAGAAAAUGGUCCACGAUCCGUUGAGUUAAACGAUAACAAUGUUAUUGAGGAUAAGCUGGGAGACUAUGGUAUUGUUUGUAUGGAGGAUAUUAUUCAUGAGAUAUUUUCUUUAGAGGAGAAUUUCAAAGUCGUUAACAAGUUUUUGAACCCAUUUCAACUGAGUCCCCCUGAGAGCGGAUGGGGUCCUGAGAGCAAGCUUAGAAAGUUAGUUGCUGAAGAGUCCAAGUCCAAGGUCUCCAAUUCCGGAAGGGCUGAACUCGAGUAUGUCGACAUUGAUAAGUAUAUUGAGGAGCAGAACUAG